GAAGGUUAUAUCAUCUUCGGAAGCUAUCUUCACUGCCCUUAUAUAUACACGACUAACUAUUACAGUAAUUAACAUCAUACAUACCACGUAUUUUCUAACAUCCCCUGUUUAAGACAUGAAUGAUCAAAUACUUGCAGAAAUUCUAGUCUGUCUGCCGCCGAAAUCGGUUUACAGAUUCCGGGCCGUAUCAAAAUCAUGGAACGAGUUGAUUUCUCAUCCCUAUUUCAUCAAGAAAUACGACAGCCGGCAACGGCGGCCGGACGGUGUAGGUUUGUUAUCAUUAUCCAAAGAUAUGAAUUGCCCCUGCAGUUUCUCCCAACCAAAGGAGCGCAAGAAAUUGGUUGAAUACCAUUCUCUAGAUCUUGAAGUCAGCGGCAUGUCUCCAGAACCAGUCAGAUUCAUAAAUAGCUCCAACGGUUUGAUUCUAUGCAAAUCUCGUCGGUAUGACCAGCACGAGUACGAGUACCUCGUUUUGAACCCUGUUACAAAAAGGUCGGUCUCCUUGCCGCCGCCGCCGCAGCCGCCGUCCUGGCGUUCAGAAAGAUCCGUCGGGUUGAUGUGCGAAGAGAACAAAAGCCAACUGUCAGCCAAGUACAUCGUCGUCCUAACUGAUUGUCCUGUCCUCAGCGAAAGCGAAAAGGCUACUUUCCCGAUUGUGACUUACUCUUCCGAGACAAGGGUCUGGGUCGCAGCCAGACUGCCGGCGAUCGCCGCCGCCGCCGCCGCUGACAUUAUGUUCCAUACUGUGUUCCGACGUCAUCCUUUAGUGAUGAAUGGUGUUUUCCACUGGUACGAUUACUCGAGCAAUACGGGCACAUUAACGCUAGCACUUUACCGCCCCCACGGUGAAGCCCCGGCGGUCUUAGAUUACCGGAGCUACGAUGGAUUUGGAAAUAACGGCUCAGUCUGCUCCGGUGCUCUUACAAGAUCACCCAUUGAAAAUGGUGACGUUUUAUGGUUCGGCCUUGUUUUUAGAGAAUCCAUGAGAGUUUUCAUGCUCCCAAAAGGCAGUCAAGAGUGGGUUUCAGUGUACAAUAUCACCGUUGAAUCGCUCCGGGGGAAUAACACGGCCUUACUGUCUUCAUCUAGCUGGAUAGGGCGGAGAGCGGAGAUAUUUUGGAAUGGCUUGGUUCCUGUGAAUAAUAAGAAGACUCCGGUUGCCCUAAUCCGGAUGGAAAAUGAAGGGAGGGUAUUUCUUUACGACCUGGACACCAAAGCCGUCCAAUCCCUACCAUAUCAUGGACGUCCAGUUAUCACCGAGUGGGAUGCACUCAUCCAUGAUCGUGAUUUUAUAGCUCAUUAUCCUUAUUUACCGCCUUCAUCUCUUUCUACAUUCGCUCUUUAGUUGAUCCAUCUUGUAAUUGAUAGAUUAGUUUAGCACUUCAUAUAGUUUUAUAUUUGUAGUUCUUUUUCGCGAGAUUUCCCAAAAUAGGAGUAAAUAAAGUUUGAAAUUCAAAAAUAUGAUUACUUUGUUUUUAUUCACGACUA